UAUCUAGCUUUAGGUAACCACGUCACUUUUUACAUGAUGGAUCAUGUGUCCAAGUUUACGUAUAUCAUGUUUGAAGUGGCGCACGUGCAGAUCUCCAUGUCAAUUAAAGAACUGCCAUUUUAUUUGACGCAAGUUCAGAAACUUCAAGACGUCAUUUGCAGUUGGAAGGCGUCCUGCACCACCGCACAGUACCGUUUCGACCCUGGAGAUUUUCCUCGGACAAACGACAACGAGCUGUCGACCGUAGUUGCUCCCAGAAGCAGUAACAGCUGCGCUGUGGCAACAGGUCAUUAUUUUGGCUAG